CUUCUAAAUACCCCCUCCCCAGUUUGGGUUGGAGGCGGAGUUUAUUUGUUACAGCCUUGGUCUGACUGACAGGGAUCCGGUGUGUGUUAAGUGAGUUCUGAGUCUCUUUUGACAGAAAGGGACUCGAAUGCAAAGACGCAGAGCUAGAGGUAUAGGAGGGCGGGGACCCAGAGAAAAGAGGCACUCCUCGGGGUUGGGGAAGUGUUAGGAGGGGAGGGUUAGAGUGGGAGGGAGGGAGCCUGGCUUUCGAAGCGACUCACAGGGGGAUAAAUAAUGGGGAGUGAGGAGGAAGAGGCAGACUGAAAGGGAAGGCAAAUGGGGAGAAGGGGGAAGAAAGAGGCUGAAGAGAGAGGAGGAGGGAGGAGGAGAGGGGGAGAAGGGAAAGGAAGGAAACUGGGAGAGGAGGGUCACUCAGUGACCGUGGAGGAUGGGGCUUCUCGGCUCUAGAUAUUUCUGGGAUUGGAGACUGUUUACUCGUGGGGAGACUCCAGCUCCGGCGGCCAGUUGGGAAGCGGCAAAGUAAAAUGGACAGCGACAGACAGACGUUCCAGCCACCUCUCCGCCGCGGAGAGAUCCCGGAGCUGCUUUCGGUCCAACUCCAGUUUCCCAGCUGGAGCCUCUGAACACGCUGGACUACAGGAGCCCAGGGAGAGCCUGAAAGCUGCUCCUCGGAGAUACCUUCGCCGGAGCAGUAAGAACUUCCUGCUUGGGUCCCUGCAUUCCCUUCUUCCGAAACUUCCUGGGAGACGGGGCUGAAGACCCCAGGGGAAGGGGCGAAGGGGAUCUUCGCGUUGCUUUUUCUUCCGUCCGCUUUCCCGCGCGGGGCGCACAGGCAUGGAUGUGCUCAGCCUUGGUCAGAGCAACAACACCACAUCAUCCCCGGGUCCCUUUGAGACCAGCGGCAACGCUACUGGUAUCUCCGACGUGACCUUCGGCUACCAAGUGAUCACCUCUCUGCUGCUGGGCACGCUCAUCUUCUGCGCGGUGCUAGGCAAUGCGUGCGUGGUGGCUGCCAUUGCCCUGGAGCGCUCCCUGCAGAACGUGGCCAAUUAUCUUAUUGGCUCUUUGGCGGUCACCGACCUCAUGGUGUCGGUGUUGGUGCUGCCCAUGGCCGCGCUGUAUCAGGUGCUAAACAAGUGGACUCUGGGCCAGGUCACCUGCGACCUGUUCAUCGCCCUCGACGUGCUGUGCUGUACCUCAUCCAUCCUGCACCUGUGCGCCAUCGCGCUGGACAGGUACUGGGCCAUCACUGACCCCAUCGACUACGUGAACAAGAGGACGCCCCGGCGCGCUGCUGCGCUCAUCUCGCUCACUUGGCUUAUUGGCUUCCUCAUCUCCAUCCCGCCCAUGCUGGGCUGGCGCACCCCGGAAGACCGCUCGGACCCCGACGCAUGCACCAUUAGCAAGGACCACGGCUACACUAUCUACUCCACCUUCGGCGCUUUCUACAUCCCGCUGCUGCUCAUGCUGGUUCUCUAUGGGCGCAUAUUCCGAGCUGCGCGCUUCCGCAUCCGCAAGACAGUGAAAAAGGUGGAGAAGACCGGAGCGGACACCCGCCGUGGAGCAUCUCCGGUCCCGCAGCCCAAGAAGAGCGUGAAUGGAGAGUCGGGGAGCAGGAACUGGAGGCUGAGCGUGGAGAGCAAGGCAGAGGGUGCUCUGUGCGCCAAUGGCGCGGUGAGGCAAGGUGACGACGGCGCCGCCCUGGAGGUGAUCGAGGUGCACCGAGUGGGCAACUCCAAAGAGCACUUGCCUCUGCCCAGCGAGGCUGGUGCUACCCCCUGUGCUCCCACCUCUUUCGAGAGGAAAAAUGAGCGCAACGCCGAGGCGAAACGCAAGAUGGCCCUGGCCCGAGAGAGGAAGACAGUGAAGACGCUGGGCAUCAUCAUGGGUACUUUCAUCCUCUGCUGGCUGCCCUUCUUCAUCGUGGCUCUUGUUCUGCCUUUCUGUGAGAGCAGUUGCCACAUGCCCACCCUGUUGGGUGCCAUAAUUAAUUGGCUGGGCUACUCCAACUCUCUGCUUAACCCCGUCAUUUACGCAUACUUCAACAAGGACUUUCAAAACGCGUUUAAGAAGAUCAUUAAAUGUAAGUUCUGCCGCCAGUGAUGAUGGAGGAGUAACCGGCCAGUGGGGGACUACAGGAUCCGCCCCAUUCAGUAUGCUUUACCCAACCCUAGAGAGUCAACACCUAAGAUAACUUGCUACUUCUCUUUCUCAGCUACUCUGCCCGCGGCUUGCGGACCUGGUCCCCUCCCCAUUUCCCGCACCAGGGCAGGGCGCUUUGUGCAAAGGAGACACAGCGACGGGGCGUGAGAGACCAGGAAAUUCAGAGAGUUUGUGAGAAGCGACAUUGGCCCAGACUUUGCCCUUAACAUCAGUUUUGAUCUCAGCAAUUGCCUCUUUUCUCCUCUGUCCCCUAAAUCUUUGCGAUGGAUGUUUAAUCCUUAGCUGUUCAAGGUAGAAAAUCCAAAAAAUAAAAAAAAAAAUUAAUAAACUGUACACACAGCCGCCGCGCCCACUAGGGGCUCCACCCGAUCACCCAUCUCCUAGAACUUGGACUUCAGGUUCGGGAAUUUCCUCCAUCUCUCUAGCCCUCUGGCCCUUGAAAUAUUCACUUUUUUCUCCCCGUUUUUAUCCUUUCUUUUCUUUCAUUGCUUCCUUCUCUGCCUUCGCCCGUCCUGAUGCACCGUCCUAAUCUGCUGGUCCGCAGAGGCGGAAGUCUGCUUUUCUCUGUGCCAGCGGUGCCCCCGGGAUUCCCGUCUUGAGGUGAACUGUUGUGCAGUGCACAACCCCUGCUUCCUUUGUUUCCUUGGAAUCAAAACGAGCGGCUACAAGGUAUCUCUUAGAGUGGACUUGUAAGUACAGCCCGGGCCAGUGGGGAAGAGCGAGGAGGAGGAGAGUGUGCAGACCAUUUUGUCUGUUCUUGCCUUGGUGUCAGCACUCACCAAAGAAACUGACAGUCGUACAGUGAAGAGAGCGGACUGCGGUUUGCACAGGUAGCUGGCUAGUCUGCAGGUCCUGGCAUCGCCACUUACAUACUGCGGGAGGCGCCCGCUGGCCGCUGUUUGCGCGCUGGGGACGCUCAGAGGCCUGGGAUCUGCGCGCCUCGCCAGCCAUCUGUGAUGUGGCAGCGCGCUAGGCGCGCCGGGCUGCUGACUUAGCGGGUUUGGGAUCCUCCGCCUACGCUCUGGGGCGCCCUGAAGCGCGGGUAGACACAUUAGGUUUUUUUCCUUAGCUGUCGGCGCAAGGUCCUUCGAAACUCUUGGGAUUGGAGAGAUCAAGAAGGCUUUAAGGGGCGGUGUGGAGGGGCGGCAAAGAGGAAAGUUUCCCCAGGGCACGCGUGGCGGAAGCUACAGCUGGCUCCCCCAGUAAAACCUGAAAGGACAAAUUUAUCCUUACGAUGUAGACUUUUUCCUCCUAAUUCACGCUCUUGUCCUUUUUGGAUCAGGGAAUAAUUCUGUUUAGCGCGUCCCAAAACUCACUGCAUUUGUUCCACAGUACAUCCAGAACACAAAGUUAGCAGAACUUUUUUUCCAAACAGAAAUUCAGGACUUUCAGUGGAAUGCCCAAAUAGUCCAUAGAUUAGCACUACCUGUGACAGCAGGCGGAUAGCUUAAAUAGCAGGGCCCUAAAGGAUUAGUUAGGAGGUGGCCUUCCUGGGGAGGCUAAGAAUCUUUUAUGGGAGGAGUAUUUGCUUCCUGGCAUGACCAUUCUGCUGUGCCAACGGUCUACGGAAACCACUUUUUUGCCCUUUGAAUUGUGCAGCGCCCCAGGCUUUCUCUCCGUCAGCUAUUCUUUAAGCCUUGCCACUCCUGCCCAGAAACUGCUUAAAAUCUUUGCUGUCCCAGAAAGGGAACUUAUUUAGCUACCCUGUUUGGAUGUAAAUUUCCAGUUACACGACGGAGAUCUAGAGGUUUGUCAUUGUUUGACCUAGCCUGUAAUUUUCUUAUGAAUAGUGGUUUUGUUUUCCAGAAAUUGCACAAAGUAAUUGAUCCCUACUCCUCUUUCCCUUCAACUGUACCUUUCGAAUGUUUGAAUUUGCUGUUUUGAGAACCAUGUUACAUUUAUAGAUUGCAAAAAUUGCCAGUGAAAAGAUCACUUGUUUAUAACUGCGAAGGUGAAAGGACAGCUCGGUCACUUAAAGCCAUUUUAUUGUUUGUUAGACUAAACAAAGCCUUCCUUUGCUGUCUCUUUCUGUAUUCUAAACUGGAAGUAGAUAUCAUAUCCCAGCUAAAUAGGGAAAGUUUUAGAACUUUGGGAAUAGUUUGUCUAUGUAUGUAUAAUGCUGAGAAGAGUCUGCAGUGAAGAAGAUAAGAUAGAUUUCUGCAGUACAACUGUUACUCAUUUGAAAAUUCAGUUUUGUUUUUGCUCACAUAAUCUCAGUAGAGCUAUAUCAGAAACCAAGUUUUUCUGCAUGUUAUACUAAAUUUUUAGAACAAAAUCCAUAUUUGAAAUAAUCCAAACCCCAAAUUUGCUCAUCUAAAUUAUGUCUUGGCCAGCAAGUAUUACAUUAAAAGUUUGGAGACUUCCAUUUAUUUGUGUCUUUUACAGAAUUGUGUGACAGUCAUUUUUUGGACGUUUGCUUUUUCUGCUUUGGAAGAUUUAUACAAGAAUGGAGAAUGAAUAUCCAACUGGAGCACAAUUGUCAAGGCAAUAGAGAAUUUAGAGAAAUAAAAUAGCUGCAUAUCUCUAAAGA